AUGGUGGUGGGCCGAUCGCUCAGAAAUACUCCUAUGGCAACCGAUGGGCCGACAUCCGCUGGCUGUCCAGUUCAUGACAAUGUCAGGGGGAAAGAGGUUGCCGCUGUGGGUGAUGCUGUCGGUGUGGAGGUCAGGCGUGAGGGUGACAAGGUCGUCGCAGACUGUGAGGAUGCGGUUGACGAGCAGUGCGCAGACAGUGUGCGCAAACGCGAUGAUGAGAGCGAUGCAGAUGCGGAAGGAGAGGACGAUGACAAGGAGGAUGGCGGAAGCAUUAAAGAGGUGGUGAAGGUGAUGAGGGGUAGAAAAUGGAAACAAGGCCCGCAUGCAUCUACAUCUACGUCGAACACCAAGGCUAUGGGACGGGCGGUUAACAAAAAGUGUGUGUCGCGGUCAGUGUCGUGGAGAAGCGGUGCACCUGCGCUACUGCUCAACCACGGAAGUCUCUUCGCACCUGCAAUUAAUCCUCAGUUGAUCCUUUAG